AAUCAAUCGACAACCGGUGCGUCGAGUGACGAGUCGGCGUCGCAUACCAGAUUGACAACACGUAGUUUACUGUAUAAUCUAACGAUUGAUCGUCAAAUGCUAGCUUCUGUUCUGCUUUAAAUCCAAUGUUUGUACGCAAUUGUAAUCCCAUUGGUCGAAAGGGAUCUUGGAUUCGGGCAUGGAGUGGUCCAAGGAGUAUAAUAACUAUGAGUGGUCGAAGGACAAGACAUUGAAACUCAUUGAGUUACUUCAAUUAAACGCUAAUUUAUGGAAUCCGUCGCUCUGUGAUACUCGUAGAGAUAAACAAAAACGAAAAGAAGAGUUGCGUGGUAUUGCUGAAAUAUUACGAAUAUCUGUUUUUGACGCCACUAAGAAAAUACAGCAUUUACGUACACAGUACAACAGAGAGUCGGCGCGAGAAGCACGAGCUAAUUCAGAAGGACCCAACAAUAGAUACGUUAGCAAUUGGUACGCGUAUGAAUAUUUGCACUUUAUGAAGGACUCGAACAAGCCAUAUAGAGUGUUGCAAUCGGAAGAACAAUCUGAUAUCAAUGGAACUUUACAAACACAUACAGAUAACUCAGUGAAUGAUUGCAAACUUGAUAACCUCUCUCCACCACCUAAAAUUACCAGAAGUGAACUGUUACACUCUUUUAAGCCUGAAAUUGUUUAUCCCACGGCCGCUAUAAAUAGAGAUGAGUUUACAGUGUUUGGUGAAUAUGUAGCGAAUGAAUUAAGGUCACUAAAAGGUGAAAAAAAUUUGUUAGUUGCAAAGAAGAAAAUACAAGAUGUAAUAUUUGAAGUAAAAAUGGGCUUAAUAAAUGAACCUAGAGCAGAGCAAGGUACUACAUGUACAGUUUAUACUACACCUGCAACCCAAUCGCAUUCCUCAACUAUACACAAUGGAAAAAUAUAUACAACUCCCAUUAUGAGCACAAUAGCCAGUAUUGAACCUCUUUCCACAUCACAUACUCCCCCAACCACAGGUAUAAGUGAGAUAAUCAUCAAUGGAGCCUGCCACUACUCUACUUUCAAAGUAGAUGAACAAUAGCAAUGUCAGCCACUUCCUGUGGAAGUGGAUAAAACUGACAACUACACAAUCACAAAUUAAAAAGACUUUGUACAAGGAAAUUGUGAUUACAUGUGUACAUACAAUAUAAUACAAAGUGUACUUGUAUUAGAUUAAUAAUACUUUUGUGCCAUAAAUAUUAUGUAUAAUUUGUUAAUAGUCAUAGAACAUGGAUGCUACUGAAAAAUGUCCUUACAUUAAUAAAAAAAGUAAUUUCAUCAAAUUAAUCUUAUUCUUCAUAUGCACUCUAAAAUGACAGAACUAAAUAUGCAUCAUUGCUCUAAGAUUAUUGAUAAUAUUAUGCUUAAGAACAAUGUCAUUUUUAGUGUAUCUAGUCAAUUUAUGAUAACUAUAUAUUAAGAUAAUUUAUAAUCAUAUAAAAUGCUUGUUUUUAAUGUUAUAAACCAUUAUCUAUAUAAAUGAAGGAGGAAAUUUGUAAUACCCAACUGAAUAAGCAACUAAACCAAUAUACAAAAACCGGGAAAUGGUGUGCAUUUCAAAGGCUAAGUAUAUAAUAUUUUUAUAUAAAUAAUUAUGUAUUUCAGUAUCAUCUGCUUUAAAUUUAGAAUAUUAACAUG